CGAAACCUGAAAUCGAGCGCGGCUCUUAAAGUUACUGUAACUCGGCUUCUACAAUCAAAAUCAGAAAUUAGUAUGUAUGAAGAUAAUAAUUCAACCUACUACAAACAUUUUUUAUGUAAAAUGCUUUUAUAUAUACGUCAAUUUAUUUUGUUAAAUUAACUGUAGAAAUCAGUUAUGACAGCUAAAAAUAAAUUUAUCAGGCAAAAAUGCCCUCACUAUCAUUGAUCCUUGUUAAAAUUCAAGUUGCGCUACAACAAUGCUGUUCUUUAUAUAGCUAUAUACUCAUUGCUACACUAUCAAAUGUUUUUGCUGCGUUUUCUUUCACAAUAUAUAGUUCACUUGAUGACGCACGCUGCGCAGCAUAAAUACUGCAGGUUAUAAAUGAUAUGUUUGUCAUGAUGUAAAUGCUACAUAUUAAAGUAUACGUUUAGUUGGGAUUGUAAAAUAAAAACUGUGACAAGUAUACUUAUAGUUGCUUUUCUUAAUUUGCUGCAACCAUAAAAUAUGUUGGCCUGGGACGACUACUACGACUCGUGGACACCAGAUCGGCAUAGGGAGCGUGUAUAUCAUACAAAAAAUUUUAAUACUGAGGAAAUUUGUGUGUAUCAUGGGUCACAAGAAACUUAUGAUCAUUUACCCAUAAAGAAAAUUCUCAUUGCAAACAUAGAUCAAGAGAUCACUUAUAAAGAAUUGAAAUCAACAUUUUCAAUCUAUGGAGAAAUAGUAGACUGUAUUUUAAAAAAGAAAAGUGGUAAAAAAAAAAGUUAUGCUUUUAUUACUUAUGAUUGCGAUUCUGAAGCUCAAAGCGCCCUUGAUGCUGGAUAUAAAAAAGAAAUUCGUUUGAACAAUGAUUGGGUAAGAGUAAUACCUGCUGCUUCAUGGAAUCAACCAGAUAGUAUUGAAAAUCAAGCUCGUAAAACCAAACACUUGAACGAAGAGGAAAGCAAAGAUAUAUCUAUUUAUAAUAUUAUUGUAACAGAUGAAAACAAAGAUACAAUUCAUGUACUAAAUAAUGAUUGUCUUAUGCACAUUUUUAUGUAUCUUCCAAUAGCUGACAGAGUGAGAAUUGAAAGAGUUUGUAAACGUUGGAAAGCUAUUUGUGAAGAAUUUUGGCGUUGCAAUAAAAAGUUGGAUUUAAAGCCCAUUACUUGGGGUUUAUCAGAACAAAUUAAAGCUCAUCAUGUUUAUAAAGUUUUACAUAAAUAUGGAACUUAUAUUAGUAAUAUUGAUUUAUCUAAUAAUGAAAAUACAAUAGGAAAUGCAACACUUAUAAGUAUAGCAAAGUUAUGUCCAAACGUUCAGACUGUCAAUAUUAAAGGAUUGAAGCAUUCAUCUUCAGGAAUAAAAGCAUUAGCAGACAAUUGUAUAAAUAUUAAAAAACUGAUUAUAAGUCUAUCAGACGGACAAAAUUUUACUAACAAGGGAAAAUACUCAAAUACUCCUACAGCAAAUGAUACUUAUAUAAAGGAAAUUUCUCGGUUAUUUUCUAAAAAUCGUGAACUUCAAUAUCUUGAUCUUAAUUGUGAUAGGCUAAAUGUAAUAGAAUUUUUAUUAUGUCUACCUGUUAAAUCUGUCAAAAAAUUGAUAUUGAGGAAUAUAAGUUAUUUUUACAUAAGUGAUGUUUGUACUGUGUUACAAAAAUUACAAUUGCAACUACUAUCCAUAAAUAAUAUCCCUCCAAAUAGCUCAAUUAUUGAUGCUAUUAUGCCAUCAGCAAAAAAUUUAAAAAUAUUACAAAUACCCGGUUAUAAGUGUUUUAAUCCGUCUGAUGAGAGAAUUCAGUCACUUUCAUUUGACUUAACACGUAUUUGUGAGUUUAAUAAUCUUACAGUAUUGAAUUUAAAAAAUAACUAUUAUGUAGAUGAUGAUUUUUUGAUUAAACUAAGCGAUAAGUGCAAACUACUUUUGAAAAUCAACAUAGGAUUUUGUCAUUACAUGACUAACAAAGGUCUUAAAUGUGUUACUACUCUACCAAAGCUUCAAGUUUUAUUGAUAGAUGGCAUAAAAAACAUUUCAGAUGAGGUGCUCACUAAUAUACCAGAAUUGCAAACAUUGUCUUGUACUUUAUGCGAUAAUAUUCAUUAUGCUGGGCUUACUACAUUGAUAACAACUUCUGAGAAACUGAAGAAUCUCUAUGUAUGUUUUUGCAAACUUAUCACUAAUGAUUUUCUUGAUGCUGCUUUAGAAGCUACUAAAUACAGAAAAAAUACUGUAUUAACAGUAUUUGUAUACGGAACAAGAAUAACUAAAUUUACCGAAUCAUCAUUUUUAAAAAUAUACAAAUAUGAUGAAUUACCCAUGGAUGAAUGUGAACUUUUUGAACAUGAAGAAAUUUAAGAUAUGUUUUUUUCUUUUGAGUCUCUGAUACCUAUACAGUGUAUAAUAAUACCAAAUGAAUAUAAAUAAUAAUUAUAUUUUGUUAAACGAUAAAUGUAUUUUAGUAAACUCGUUAAAAACAGAAUAGAAUGAAAAAUGCCCUACAAGUAUUGUAUAUUCCAAACGGAAACGCGCCUGCGAUUGAGCUAGUUCUGUAAGUAAUUGUGAUAUCUAAUAUUUCAGAAACAUUUGUAUUUUAUUAAAAAUUUAUAAAUAAAUUUUUCUACAAUUUUAUCUGUCAA